CCGCCACCGUAUCAAAAUUAACUCUUCAAAAUAAAUACCCAAGUCCAACCCGGUUGCCCAUACCGAUAUGUGGGUAUCCAACUAGUCCGCCAUUCUGCAAUCGCAGUCACAGGCAAUGGUGAAUACAAGAUCGAACUCGGUCUCUGCUAAAGCUCCAGACCCAAAUGAAUCACCAAAACCGGAAAUAAAGUAUGAGAACCCCACGAUAUCCCGAACCCGCACCACCUCCGUCGUCUCUUCCUCACUCUUCAAAUCUGUUUUACUGAAUGAUUGGUGGCUGGAGAAGCCUGCUAAUGGCAAGGGUUUAGCUGUUGGAGGGUUUGCUUCUUUAGAGAGAGUAGGAACAAGAAUUUUUCGCUCUGCUACAAUUUCCAAGAGACAUGAUACCGUCACCCUUGAGACAGCAGAUGGCAUCAGCAUUACAAUCUGUAAUUUCAUAAAUAGUUCUCGAACGCAUCAAAAUGGCUUUGAUUUGGAGGUAUGCAAUCAUUUCCGGUUUGGAUUUCCUUAUAACUGGGAGGAGUACGCUGUUGGUGGUUCUGGUGACAAACAUAGGGCUUCGGCUUCUAAUGAGUUCAACAUGUCUUCAGGUGACAGUGCAAAUAAAAAUUUGCCAUUUUCUUUCAAUGAUCUCCCAGUGACCAGAAUACGUGAUCUCUUACUGCCCUCUUUUGGAGACCCAAAAAGUUGUUUGCUAACAAAGAGCAUUUUCAAUGAUAUACUUGGAAAAUCCAAGGGAAAAAAUGUGGAUUCUAGGUCAGAUGAGACCCCAGUUAAUCAAAAGAAGACUAAGGUUUAUAUUAAGUUCGACAAUGAUAAUAGUAUUUUGAAUUCAAGGGAUCUGACAAAAGAAGAACAUCAGAAAGCCAGUUGUCAUUCUGAGAUGGCCACAAAUGUCCUCGCCUCAACUAGAGGUGUUUGCACAAGAAGCAUGACUAGACUGAAGAAUUCUGGGGUGAAACAUGAAGUUGUUUCAUCAAACUGUCAUGGUAAGAGUACAAAAAGUGCUUCAAACGUGAGUCAUCCAACCAACUCAUUUGGAGAGGAUGGUGUAACCUUAUUAACUGCUGUUAAACGUAAAGUAGGAAGACCAAGAAAGAGUCUGAGCUAUCUGAACAAAUGAUCUGUAAGGAAAAUUCUUAACCAGUUACUGAGAGCUGUUAGUUGAAUUACUUUGCAAAGAAUGCUGCAAAUGUAUAAGAGAAUCACACCUACAUAUCAGUUAGUAAUAUAAUGUUUCAGUUAAGAUAUCAUAUUAUGUUUUAUUUGACUGCUGAGUUUUUUGCAGGAAAUACUGCAAGCUGCUUAUUUUUAUUGUAGACUUCUCUUAAAGUAAGCUAUCCUGAUUUGUUUAGGCUUUGCCAAGACAAGGAGGUUAGUGUGGCUGAGCUUAUGAAGCUUGAUAAUGGAGUCCUUUUUUGGGAUGUAAGUUUCUUUAGGGGUGUGCAUGCUCGGGAAUUAGAGGCAUUGGCUGGUUUCAUGGAUACCAUAUAUAGUGCUUCGGUGAAAGGGUUUGGUGAGGAUAAGAUGUGUUGGAAACUUGAUAGAGAGAAGGGCUUCCUGGUUAAAGACUAUUAUGGUCUCUUAGUGGGCUCUAAUGACUUUUGCUUUCCUUGGAAAAGUAUUUGGAAACAGAAGAUUCCUUCUCGAGUAGCUUUCUUUGUUUGGACUGCUGCUUUGGGGAAGUGCUUAACGAUUGACAAUUUACGAAAAAGGAAGGUUUGGAUAUUGGAUUGGUGCUACAUGUGCAAGUGUAAUGGUGAAUCGGUUGAUCAUCUCUUUCUUUAUUGUCCGGUUGCAAUGGAUAUGUGGGCUAUGGUGUUCGGAUUGUUUGGAGUGAGCUAGGUUAUGCUGCAAUUUGUAGUGGGGCUUUUAGCAUGUUGGCAAGGCAGAUUUGGUUGUCAUCGAAAUGGGUAGAUAUGGUUGAUGGUUCCCCAUUGCUUAUUGUGGUGCCUUUGGAGAGAGAGAAAUAGUAGGUGCUUUGAAGAUAAGGAGAGAUCAAUAUCAGACUUGAAGCUAUUUUUCUUUAGAACUUUAAUGGAUUGGUUGGCUGCAUUGCAGAACCAAUCAUUUUUAUCUUUUCUUGAUUUCUUAGAUUCUUGUAAUUUUUGUUCUUAAUUGUUUGACCCCUUGUACACUCCCUGUGUACUAGGGUGCUCCCCUUUUUGAUAUCAAUAAACUUAUUACUUAUCAAAAAAUUAGUUGUAGGAUGGCAAAGACUUGGAUGUUAGUCAUUUUUUCUAGGAUAUCUUGAAUGGUCUUAAAACUUCAUAUUUUAGCUCAUAGGAUGUCAUUCUUUGUCA